AUGCCACCUACCAAAUCGAACAGUCAAAAACAAUCUCGGGAGUAUAAGCCGUACUCCGAGCGGAAACUCAGUCAUGUUACGGCGGAAAAAAAGCGACGAGCUGCGAUUAGAAGAGGCUUUGACCUUAUUACAGCUGUAGUACCCGAUUUGGACGUUGCUCAAAGCCGAUCAGAGGCUGUCGUGCUUGAAAAGACUGUUAAUUUAAUUAAGAACCUCAUUGAGGAGAACGAGAAGCUGAGAGCGCUAGCUCAGCAGAAUGGGGUGACAGUCCCUUCUCGGUUGACAUAA